AUGGAGGAAAGUGAGCAGGACAGCGUCAUCGAGGAUGAUUCCGCAGACACCGAAAGACAAGAAACACGGCACCCAUGGCCUUACCUGAAAGAACUUUUCGUUGUUGUUGGCUAUAAGAAGGAUUCGUGGCGGAUGCAGUGCAACCUGUGCUUGCCCAAAAAACACGAACUUUUGGCAUUCAAGAAUUCACCGUCCAAUCUGAAGAAGCACAUUCAGCUCCUGAGGCCCAAUGACACAAGGUGGAAUUCCAUGUACCUGGCUGUUGAGAGAAUAAUAAGAAUCAUGAGAGAACAAGGAGAAGGAGCCAUCACAGCUGUGUGUACUACACUUAAAUUGCCCAUGCUCUCUCCUGCUGAGAUUGCCUUUCUCAGUGAAUAUGUCAAGAUAAUGUGUCCUGUUGCAAAGGCAAUUGAUGUUCUUCAAGGAGAGACCAAUGUGCAGAUGGGUUGGCUCAUUCCCACUAUUACUCUUCUCAAGACUAAACUACAACACCUUCGACUCUCCUCCAAGUGCUGUGUGCCGCUCAUAGAUGCUCUUCAAUCUGGACUUCAGAAGCGCUUUGGUGAGAUGCUCAAGGAUCCUGAGCUCAUUGCAGCUUCCAUUCUGGUGCCCAAAUUCAGAAGAUGCUGGACCACAGAUGAGGGCCUUCUACAACUCGGCCUUGACUACAUCAAAAGCCAUCUCAAAGAGCUACCUGUGACUGUCAGUGACUCCACGCCUUCUUCAGAGGAAGAUGACUUUUUUUCACCUAUCAAGCAAGGGAACUUGCAAGAAAACACCAAACAGCUUGAGUCAUACCUGGCCUGUCCCAAUGACACCAUGGAAAUCUUGAAGUCAUUUCCUGCAAGAAUGGAGAGCAGAGAGGCUGGGUGGCCCGCAAAAGCAGAGGCGAGUGGGCGCUCUAAGGAGAAGGAGUCACUUGUGCAUGUGGUGCUGAUCUAG